ACGGCCCGGACAGGCCUAUCAUUUCUAAAAUGAACCCAGUUAAUAGCUUCAUGGAGCAGAACCAAUAAUCUGAGAGUCCUCACCGAAUCAAUACUUCCAAAUCUCUCGCCAUCUCCAAAGGGGAGGUCAUUUCUCUCUCUUUACAGAAACCACCGAGCCAUGGCUCUUAUCAGCCGAAACACCGCCAAUCCUCCACACCUCCUCUCCGCACAGCGGGCUCUCUCUCUCCACACCACCCUUCCUUCUCUCUCCUCCACCUCCUCCCCCCAUUACGCUCGUCCUUCUCCUCCCUCCACCUCCGGCCCUCCAGCUGGGCUUUCCAAGACUGCUGAAUAUGUGAUCUCAAAGGUCGAUGACCUCAUGAACUGGGCCCGUCGUGGGUCCAUCUGGCCUAUGACCUUCGGCCUCGCUUGCUGUGCUGUCGAAAUGAUGCACGCCGGUGCCUCUCGCUAUGAUUUCGAUCGCUUCGGUAUCAUUUUCAGGCCCAGCCCUCGCCAAUCCGAUUGCAUGAUUGUCGCUGGCACUCUCACAAACAAAAUGGCCCCUGCUCUCCGCAGGGUUUAUGACCAAAUGCCAGAGCCUAGGUGGGUCAUUUCUAUGGGAAGUUGUGCGAAUGGUGGUGGAUACUAUCAUUACUCAUACUCUGUUGUUAGAGGUUGUGAUAGAAUUGUCCCUGUUGACAUCUAUGUACCUGGUUGCCCACCCACUGCUGAGGCUCUACUAUAUGGAGUUCUUCAGUUGCAGAAAAAGAUCAACAGGCGCAAGGAUUUCCUCCAUUGGUGGAACAAGUAAGGAUAUCACAAGUUGCUCCUGGGCUAUUUUGGGUGCAGUGUUAAGAUAAAAUAAAUCAGUUCUCUGGUGAAAUGCCAUGUAGAGAUAUAUUAUUAAAACGGUUUUGAACAUAAAGUCCAUGAGUUUUACAAAUCAGGUUUCUGUUACAUGUAUGGUGAUUGUACUUCCUGUAUUACUUGGAAUUUCAAUUUGCACCGACUUUAAUUUUCGUUUUAACUACCUGUGCUGUUGUUCUAAGGAUGUUUAUUUUGUCGUUUUACAUGGGAAUGAAUAAAUUCAUUGGUUUUUUUUUU